AUGGGAAUCAAACCCCAGUUCUUUCUGGUCAGACCAGGGGCAGAGCAAAUCACGCCCAACGGCCAAAUUCUUUCUCAGCCUGCAACUGCUGUACCCCUUAUUCCGGCAGACCUUCUGCCGGAGUGGAUCGAAGUCAUCGGCGCCCCUCGAAGUUUGUCCCCAGAUGAGACUAGAGACAUGGGGAAUUUGGGGGUUAUUCAUGCUGAGCUGGAUACUUACAAGCUUCGAUUCGCUCCCAUUACUAGGGAUGGAGCUUCGACUAGUGAUGAAUCGGACACUUCGGAGGAGCGGGCCACUGAGUUCCGGUCUGGUCCUUGCCCAGUGGGUGCAUCAUCUCGCAACUACUAUGAGAAACCAAAACCAAAACCAGAACCAACUACAACUCAGCUUAAUUCUCAGAAGUCUCAGCUAAAGCCAGCAAAAGGCCUUUCAUCUAGCCGCCACAAUCCCGCCAACCAACAGCAGCCAGUCUAUCUCAGGUCUACUUCCCUCAAAGAGACACCACAAAUUCCAACCAACACUACGGCGCCAUCAUCUCAACUGCCCCCACCCUGUCGACACUGGUGUCACCACGGCGUCUGUAAAUGGGGCCGAGACUGUCACUAUGAACAUGUAAUGCCAACAACUGCAGAAGGCCUCGGAGAAGUUGGCCUAACUGGCCACCCUGGUUGGUGGCUUCAAGCACAGGGAUUGGUGCCUAUGUCCCCCCAAGCCCUUCGUGCAGCGGAUGCUUCGCAUGGUCGACGAACAGCGAAGAAGAUUGGGAAUAUCCUCCGAAGAAAGCAGCGAGCCCAAAUUUUUGCUCAGCGUCGAGAUGUGCACUCCGCAAACCUUGAAGAGGAAUCCGAAGCUGAGGAUGAGUAUGAAGAUGAAGAAGACGUCGAGGAGGAAGUGGUUAAACCUGAGCCAAAGAGAGGAGGAGAGGAGGGAAUAUUGAUUGACCUUGAUUAA